AUGGACAAAUCAACAAUGAAUAAUCAAUAGAUAAACAAAAACCAAUACGAAGAGAUAAGAAAAAAUUCUAGACAAUCAUUUAUAUGUGUUUGCGUAGUUGGGAGUUGGGCAAUCAUUUUCUUUCUUUUCAUUUGACGAAACAAAUAUACCUCUUUUUUCAUUCUUUUUUGUGAUAUUCAACUAUUUCAUCAUUAUCGUCACCAAACAUCAAUAUCAAUUAUCAAUGUUUAUGAUAAUCGUAUAAUUUAAAAAAUUUUAAAAAAAUGGCCACGACUGCAUUGAUGCAACCAGCCGCACCAUCUCAAUCAUCAUCAUCAUCAUCGACAAUCGAUGCAAAACAACAACAGCAACAACAACAAUCCUCCUCAUCAUCCUCAUCAACAUCUUCAUCAUCAUCGAUGAUGAUUACCAAUGGACAUCAUUCAUCCGAUUCAUCCGAUUCGAUAUCUGAUCAUGAAACAAAUAUUAAUAAUGAUAAUGAUAAACAAAAGGAUGAACAACAGUUUAGCUUAAAACGUAAAUCUAUUGAUGAUGACGACGAUGAUGAUGAUAAAGAGAUAGAAAUCAAUGAUGAAAAUAUUGAUAAUGAAGAAAUUAAACAAUCAACAAGGCCAAAAUUGAAAUAA